UCAGGUCUUCGUGUAACGUCAGCUGCUCCACGGACUACAGAGUCUCUCUGAACUGCUCCUGCUCCUCGCCGACAUACUCGGGCCUCCUCAGUGUCACGUGCAGAACAGUUGCUCUGGAAACACUGCAGGGUGCUGAAUAGAUUUAAUUGGUGGUCUUUAUUAUUAACAUCCUUCACUGAUAUGAUUUCAUAAUGUGAAUAUUAUUCCAUGUUUUAUUAUCAUUUAUUGUGGAAGGAAUAGAACAAAUUGAUAUUAAUGCAAUAACAAUUGACAUGCUGCUGACAUGUUUAUUAAAACAUUAAAGUAUGCCAUAAUGGAAAAAAAAAAAUACAUUUGUUGGGAAACACGCUCAUAAAAAGCGUGGCUGGGACGUUUCAUGUUCUUCCUAUAAAACAUGUAGACACAUUAAAAACACUGGACUUCCAUUUGAGACAUUCGGGAUGUGAAAUGGAGCUUUUCAUGAAACGGCGUCGCCCCAGGAGACCACAACCUGAGAUAACGCCCCAGGAGACCACAACCUGAGAUAACGCCCCAGGAGACCACAACCUGAGAUAACGCCCCAGGAGACCACAACCUGAGAUAACGCCCGUGGUCUCUGUCGUAGCGGUGAAGACCUCGUGGUUACCGGGAGCUGUGAAGUCAAAGCGCCUCAAUCCUGGUGCGUGAUGUAUCCGGAGAAGCUGGAUGAAGUCGCAUCCAUCGGCACGACGUGCAACGCCACGGCCGGCCAGCAGGGCGGCCGAGUGGACGACGCCGCGCCGCCUGAUUGGGCGCUGAGUGACGUGGUGAAACCGUCGCCUCCUGUCGGGGUUCGCGUGACCAACGCCAACGGAUUCUCCAACGUCACGUGGAACCACGGCAACCGAGAAGAUUGUCUCCGGUACCGGGUCCGCGUCAGAGACGACCGAGACCUGUCCAAGGUGAUAUGUGAGCGAAAGGAACCAAGAGGCGCUUGUCUCCGCUCACGACGGCCAUCCAAAGGUUUUCUGUUCUUACUUCCUGUCUCGCAGCAUCCGCCUCUCUCCCUUUCGGUGACGGAGAAGAACAUUCUGUUGGACCACGAGACUCUGAGUCCACGCGUCGGCUACACUGUGGAUGUCCAGGCCCAGAUGUGUCCCGGGAACCUCUACAUCGGCCCGUGGAGCGAGUGGAGCUCCGCCGCACACUGGAGGACGAGAGGAGCGCAUGAAGGAAUACACGGGCUUUGGUGGUACGUCCCCCCGUCCCUCCUCCUUGUCCUCGUUCUCCUGCUGCUGGGUUAUUUUAAAAAAACGUGGUGGCAACAAAAACUCCAACGCAUGUUCUACAUCCCCAAAGCGGAGGAGUUCUUCAAGCCCCUCCACCUCAGCCAUGGAUGCAGCUUCAAGGAGUGGGGGAAGCCUGUAUUCAGCGAGUACGAUUACCUGAGGAUCAGCCCCCGAGCUCAGAUGAUGAGCGAGGAGCAGCACGCCGUCCUUCAAUGGAGCAACGAGAAGCAACGCUACGGCGAGGACAGCGAGAUAAAGCCGGGUGGUCCUUUCCUCCACGCGCCGUCCUUCUUCCAGGACGGGGGCAGCUCACAGGGCACCGGACACUCCACCGGACACGUCUCCAUCCACACUGUGACUCUGUCCGGAGAAGAAGAGUUUGAGGAGCGCUCUUUAAACUCCCUCAGAAGUUUCCAAGAUGGAGAACGCUUUGGUUCAUCUGAGGAAGACCACGGAGAACAGGCUGGUUCGGAUCUAGAGGCACCUCGUAGGCAAAGUGGGAUUUUACCACGACACGUAAACCAAAUGUUGGAUGACUCAAUGGAAAAUAUCAACUUUGAGCCACGUGGCCCGCCUAACGAGCCAGAGAGGCUGUCACUCAACUCAAACGAGCAGUCCGAAGACUGCUACCCCCGCGUGGACCUGGACACCAUUGACAGUGGUUUUGGGGAGUGUGGUAGCCCCGGAGCCUCGGACUCCAACGCAGCAGAGCACAUGCACUCUGAUUUAUUUCCUGAGCACAGAAGCUUGAAUUCUAACUACGUCAAGCAGUGGAUGACAUGUCAAGACGGCUUCGGCAGCUCGGAGACCGAACUCCAGGAAACGACGUGAUUAUUGCCGCAAUCGGUCAUAAUUACAUUAUUGCUCAAAUUAAAUAGAAGUUCAUUGAAAGUACCUGCUCAGCAUGUAAUUCUUGACAUGUUUAGUACUUUGUACUAUGUAUAGUCAGGUUUACUUGUUUUUAAAACAUUAGUUAUUAUGUUUUUAGAGCGAGAUGAAGAUAUUGCCUUGAUUUGUUCUUCUGGAGGAUUUUCUUUCUUUUGUUGUAACUGCAUAUGCAGCUUCAUACUCUCGUGGUCAUGCACACAGCAUUAGCUUGUACUGUAGCACGCAGCCUUAUCAGAAUGUCAGAUAAUGUCUGUUUUCAUAGCGUUCUCUCAGUAACCACUGAAACUGUCCAUCCUGUUGCAGCUUUAACGUAUAAAGAGCAUACUGGGAGGACGUGUUUUAUCAUCUGUACUAUUGUUUAUAUUAGCCAACACCAAUCUCUUAUUAAUUCAUAAUAAAUAACUGUUUUUUGACCUGGUGAAUACAAUAUAAGUUAGCAUAGAGCAUAAGUAACCAGGAAAUCACAAUCUGCCAAUCUGUACAUAUAAUCUGUACAUAUAAUCUGUACAUAUAGCAUUCUGCACUGUGAUGUAACAUAAGCAAAACUUAUGGGACUUAAACUUGUGACACAACCUCGGCUUGCUGCAUAAGACUUAAAACAACUGCAGCCACUAAUCUUUUGUUAUUCUGGUUUUAGCAUAUCAUAUCAUAGCAUAUCAUAUCAUAUCAGCAAUACAGAAAGGUUCUUUCCGAAUCCUCCGUCGACCUGUUCAUGUGACCCUGAGUCCAGAGGUCACAUGACCCAUGACCCAAAAGACCUGUUGCUACUUGAUUGAACAUCUCUAACCUUUUAGGACGUGUUAAGUUUAGGGAGUUCCACAACAUGGGACAAUUUCCAGCAGCAUUUUGAACUAAUUGUUGACGAUUUAGUGUUUUCUUUUGCUGAUUGCAAAAUAUCGAUGAAAUAAAGGCAUUAAUAUCGUUAUCCAGGAAAACAGAAAGAGGUAUGAAAUGUGCUCUAUACAGUAUUAGUCCAGUAGUUAUUGCAGAGAAAACAUUACUUGUUGUUUAUUUUCUUUUGUGUAAAUGUUGGAUUUACUGCCUGUGUGGUCCGCACAUUAAAGGAAUAAAGAAAUGAAUAAAUGAA